AUGGCGUCGCUGGGAAGGAGGCGCGGUGUCCCAGUAAGCAGGGAGAGGGGAGUGAUGGCGGCAACGGACUGCUACAUUGUCCACGAGAUCUACAACGGGGAGAACGCGCAGGACCAGUUCGAGUACGAGCUGGAGCAAGCACUGGAGGCCCAGUACAAAUACAUUGUUAUCGAGCCCACGCGCAUUGGGGAUGAGACGGCGCGGUGGAUUACGGUGGGCAACUGCCUGCACAAGACGGCCGUGUUGUCGGGAGCCGCUUGCCUCCUGACGCCGCUUUCGCUGCCUCCAGAAUACUCGCGCUACGUGGCGCUACCCGCCGGCGCCCUCAGCGUCGCUUGCGCCGCCCUCUACGGGAUUUCCUGGCAGUUUGACCCCUGCUGCAAGUACCAGGUGGAAUAUGACAGCCAAAAACUGUCGCGGCUGCCCCUGCACACGCUCACCUCCUCCACGCCCGUGGUCUUGGUACGCAGGGAUGACAUCCACAGAAAGAGACUCCAUAACACGAUAGCACUGGCCGCGCUGGCGUACUGCGCCAAGAAGAUCUACGAACUCUAUGCUGUAUGA